CCCACACGGCCGUGUGACCUGGCCAUGUGGCCGUGUGGAAAUCACCGAGCCUUCACACGGGCAGCUGGGAAAGCCACACGGCCGUGUGAGUCGGGAAUUGCUGUUUAAAACCCGAUUUUCAGCAAAAGGAAAGGGAGAGAGCUGAGUUUUGGAUCCCAAACACCCAAGGGACGAAUCCUAGAGAGAAAGAGAGCGACUUGGGAACAUUCUUGGAGCUAUUUUGGAGGAUUUCUUCGCCAUUGGAGCUCGGGAAUCAAGCUUGGAGAUGGAGAUUUAAGAUCUAAAUCAGAUUUCUGCAGUCUCUCUCUUCUCUAUGGAGUAACUUCCCUUCACUUAGGUUUUGAGGAACCUUAGUUCCAUGAGUUAGGAUCUUUCUUGUAUGAAGUUUUGGAUGCUAUAUUGUUUGAUUAUAAUCGAAUGAUGCAUGUUUAUUGAGUCAAUUGAAGUCUGAUCAACUUUUCCUGAUUCCUGCUGCAAUCUGAGAUAGAUAGAAUCUGAUUAGGUUGCUAGAGUCUCAUCAUUCGGUAGUAGGAGAUUGGCUAUACGAGAGUUAGCCAGUUUACUGCUUUGUACUGGAAUCCAAUUCCAGUAGUGGAGUUCUGUGCUUAUUGCUUCAGCUUUCUAUCCCGGUGAAGACUAGUCGUCUGCCGGAUAGUUAGACUGAGAGGGCUUGGUCAGCUUAAGAGAUUCCAAGCUACUGUCGGAUCUUCCGCAGUUUAAUCAACAGUAAAUCAACCAAAAGGAAUUACAACUUGGACCUAAUUGAGGAGCUAGGGGGAAUCAUACCUAAGUGAGUUCCCAAACUGUAAUUAGUAGUUUUACUUAGUUUAGUUAGUAGAGUAGUUAGUUAAUCAAUCCUUAAUCUAGUUUGCUAGAUAAUGAACUGAAGCUGAGUAAUAGUAACUCUAGAGACCCGUGGAUUCGAUAUUUAUUACUUGUGCCACUAUACUGCAGUCCCUUUCAUUGGUUACACUUGGCCAUUGUUAGGUGUUGUAUUUUAGCGUGUCAAGUUUUUGGCGCCGUUGCCGGGGACUUUCUAGAGUAUUAGGAAAGGCAGAAGUUUGUUACUUUAGCAUUUUUCUUUUCUUUUCUUUUCCACCCUUGCUUUUCACUUGGGUGUUUUUGUUUUUGUUGGUGCAGAUCUGAAUCAUGGAUCCUAAUGGCUUCUCCAAUCAUUGGGGGUAUCCACCACCAUCUGGGUGGUAUUACCCCGCGACUCCCUACAGCAAUCAAGGAGGAGAAGACUAUGGAUUUGGGUUCCAGUACCAACCCCCUUUCCAUGGAGAACAACCAGACCCCUGGGCAUAUCAAGAACAACCUCAUUACCAAGAAGACUUUCUCCCACAACCAGAAGGGCCAUCGGAGCUGGAGUUACCCAUGGCGGCCUUCACGGGCCACUCUACAGAGCCAUGCUACACUUCACUGGAAGAUCCGAACAAACAAUUAAGGCUUCUCGUGGAGCAGUUUGCUCGAGACACUGAGAAAUCAUGCUCCAAGAUGGAUAUUCAAAUCAAAGCCCUUGCCACUUGCGAUCCCUCAUUUCUCCAUGAUAUGGAGGAGACUGUUCAGCGCUCAGCGAAGCAAACACAGUGGGUGAAGCUCUGGGAUUAAUUCAACGGAGAAAGCUCUGGGAGAAACACCGGGACUCACUACCUAUCCUAUCCAGAUUAAUUCACAUAUUCCAAUAUAUUUAAUCCAUAUCUCUACAGCCAAGAUAUCAUUAUUAUGCUAGCUAUCCCUGUCGGGAAUUACUACGUACUAAACAAUUAAAUCAAAUCCUACUGUCGUAGCUCAAUGACUUAACUAUUUAGCCUGAAGAACGAUAUCCCAAUCAAGACCGCAUAGCAUCUUAUUUAAUCCACUGUCGCUUCGAUAAGUUACUAUGUCACAUGAAAUAUGUUCAGUUAUUAGGGUUUCACUGUCGCUAAUAACCUAAUUAACUACAAAUCAUUGUAUUGGUGGACAAUCAACACAAAGCAUUAAGUAAUUUCAUGCAAUAGAGUUUGGAAGAAAAGAGAUAUGAAUCAAUCCAUCAAAUCUAGAAAUAGCUGCAUCCUAUGGUGUUUCCCCCAGAAAUCGGGGUUUAGUUCAUGACGAAAAUAAAACAAACAAUCAUGUUCAUAAUCAUCAUGGUACGAAGCAAAGCAAAAGAAAACAAAUAUGGAUAAUUGCUUCCCGCUGCUCUGCACUCGAUCGCCGCAACAAGCUGCUCGCUCCGCUGACUCGACUCUACUGUCACUCCAGGAAUUGGCCAAGUGUAACCACUUCCUAAAGCGUAGUAUAGCGGGUUUGGGUUUAAUUAUCAACCCGGGUCCUAGAUCUGAUGACUACUCAGUGAAUUCUUGUUAUCUAGCAAUGAAACUGGAAUGCAAGUCUAAACUAUCAAACUAACAAGCAAGUAAACGGUUGUGUUCAGGUUAAGAGAGGUCACCCGGAUAUGGUUCCCCCUAGACUGCAGUUAAGCCGGAUUGUAAUUACCAAGUUCGGUUUCUAUGAUAGUUAUACUGCGGAAGGUUCUUAAACAGCCUGAAGUCUCGACUAAAGGUCUUCAGACCCUCUCAAUCUGAGUCUCUAGCGGGCGACUAACCUCCACCGGAGUAAACAAAUUGAGGCCUUAACAAACAAAACCUCCACUACCGGAGUAAAUCCGGUACAAAAUAGUCAGUUGGCUCCUCGACUAAAGUCACCAACUCCCUAUCUUCAAUCAAGGAUGCUCUAUCAACCUAGGCAGAUAUUCUCAUUCUAGGUUAAAGCAGAAACAAUAGGAAUUUGACGAGGAUUCAUGCCAUUCAAUCAUUCAAACCUCAAUUGAAUAUAAUCAAAUCAUAGAAUCAGU